AGCUAUAAGAUGUCCUCAUUAAACCGCGAACUGUCCGAAGACAGCGCGUUUGCAGCUGGUCGCAACAGUUGGAAUCGCCACUAUCAUAACAGCGUCGUGCAGCCGCUGUUGACAGAUCUGUAUCAAAUAACCAUGGCUUACGCGUACUGGAAGUCGGGAAAAAUCGACGAUCAUGCCGUGUUCGAUUUGUUCUUUCGUACGAACCCUUUUCAAGGCGAGUUCACGAUCUUCGCCGGAUUGGAGGAGUGUCUGAAGUUUCUUGAUAGUUUCCACUACUCCGAAACAGACAUCGAAUAUCUCAAACAUGCCCUGCCCCAAGGCAUCGAGGACGAGUUUUUUGAUUAUUUGAGCCAACUAACGGCUAAGGACGUCACCUUGUACGCAAUAGAGGAGGGAUCGGUAGCUUUUCCAAGGGUUCCCUUGAUCAAAGUGGCCGGACCGUUAAUCAUAGUACAGCUGCUUGAAACCACGCUUUUGACACUGGUGAAUUAUGCAAGUUUAAUGGCUACAAACGCAGCUCGUUAUCGUAUGGUUGCCGGGAAGCAUAUACACCUGCUUGAGUUUGGGUUGCGACGUGCCCAGGGCCCGGACGGGGGACUAUCAGCGUCCAAGUACUCCUACAUAGGUGGUUUUGAUGGAACAUCGAACGUGUUGGCCGGCAAGCUGUUUAACAUUCCAGUGAAGGGUACUCAUGCCCACGCGUACAUCACAUCGUUCACCGGAAUCGACGAGCUAAAGACGCGCGUUCUUCUCCACAAGGAAGAUGGUACUUCUCGUGAUUUGUUGGAGUUGGCCAUGGAGCACCGAGCGGCAAUCGCUAGCGUGCUGGAUGUCUCGACGGACGAGAGCAGCGAGGGCGAAUUGGCUGCCAUGGUGUCCUUCGCGAUCGCGUUCCCGGACGGGUUUAUGGCACUAGUCGACACGUACGAUGUCAAGAGCGAUAAAUUUCUGGGCGAAGCAACGGAGGAACUGUGCGAUCCAACCGAUAGUGUUGUGUGUGAUCCAAUGUGUGCGGGUCGCCUGCUCGAUCUGGAGAACGAAGAAUCGAUACAUCCAUCGGGUGUUACAUGCAACCCGUUGCCGGAAAUACCGGAGGAAGAGUGUUGUAACGGGUGCUGUGCGGAUGAUGAGGAAUCUCGUUGUGCUCAGCAUGCAGAAUCAGCAGUGGAGGAAGAAGCGGCACAAACCGAGGAACAGCCGAACGUUGAAAGUAAUGAGGUGCAAGAAGUGGAUGAAUCUUGCCCUGAUCCACCACCUUCGAUUACUGUAGAAGAUGAGGAAUGUGGACCUGUUGAAGAGUCCGAGCUGAUUGUGAAAGCGAGUGAUGAAAAUGGCAAUGAAGAUAUUGAGGAUCAAAAUGUGCGCAAAGUAGCGGAUGCUGAAGGUGAAGAACUAAUCGAUCUUGAGGCGGAGAAUCUAACCGAAGAAGCUCCUGAAGCUGAUGGCGAGGAUGAGAUCACCCGUUGUGCAAACUGUGAAGCAUUGAACACCAUGAUCCAUCAUCUAAAGUCCGUUGGAAAGUCCUUCAGCCGGACGUGUUGGCUCGAGGGUCAUCUUGCAGAUAUCAGUAGAAUUGUGUCCCAUAUAGCACUGGUCAGCUAUUACGACCUGACGAGCCUUCAUCACUUAUCGAGGAGUGGUUUGUUGAAUUUCUGUGCCGUCGCACUGGCGCUAAACGAUCAAGGAUACCGUGCGAUCGGUAUACGCAUCGAUUCCGGCGAUUUAGCGUACCUGAGUUGUCUCGCGCGAGAAACGUUCGAGCGGAUUGCCGAACGGUUCAAAUUACCCUGGUUUAGCAAGCUGACGAUUGUUGCCUCGAACGACAUCAACGAGGAUACGAUACUAAGCCUGAACGAACAGGGUCACAAGAUCGAUUGCUUUGGUAUUGGAACGCAUCUGGUAACUUGCCAGCGUCAGCCAGCUCUCGGUUGCGUCUACAAAAUGGUGGAGAUUAACAACCAGCCCCGCAUCAAGCUCAGUCAGGAUGUGGGUAAGGUAACGAUGCCGGGCAGCAAGAACGUGUUUCGGCUGUACGGAGCCGAUGGACAUGCGCUGAUUGAUCUGCUGCAGCGUGUCGAUGAGAAUCCGCCCGAAGUUGGGCAGAAGGUGCUGUGCCGCCAUCCAUUCCAAGAGUCGAAGCGUGCUUACGUCAUUCCGACGCAGGUAGAGCCAUUGUACAGGGUGUACUGGACCGAGGGCCGGGUAGCGCAGGUGUUGCCCUCGCUGGAGGAAGUACGCGAACGUGUGCAGGCAUCGCUGAGGACGUUGCGUCAGGAUCACAAGCGUACACUGAAUCCGACCCCUUAUAAGGUGGCCGUGAGCGAUAAUUUGUACAACUUCAUCCACGAGCUUUGGCUGCAAAAUGCACCGAUCGGCGAACUCUCAUGAUAAGUCGGUUGUAAGCAAAA